AUGUCACCUCCCACCACGCCUUCUUAUCCCGACGAACUCUUUAUACAGGCCAAAUUCUUCUUCAACAUCAUCAAAUACUUCAGAGGAGCUUAUGACAAUGGUCAAUUUGUCCACAACGACCUGGGUGAGCUUGUUAGUAAUGUUUCGCCGACAAGCAUUACCAAAAUCAACAACUUCUACAAAUGCUGUAUCACAGCGAUUGACCUUAUUGAGCGAGGAUACCAUAUUCAAGGAUUUGCUCUGGUCUCGGACGCUCUAUGGCUCAUCGAACAGUUAUUGGAAGAACGGGAUCCGAAGCUCAUAGACACCAUUUGUGAUGUCUCUGUCCUCCUCUUAACCAGAGGCUGGAACCAGAUGUACGAUAUAUUGAAUGAAAGGAUUUGCGCCAUGGUCGAGAUACGAGCUGCGCAGAAGCAAGAGAAGGAUCAGCCAUGGGCACAGAUGUUUGCCUGCUUGAAAAGGCUACCUACAUCGCAAGCCCUAGAGCUCAUGCAACGGGGCUGGAAGUGCGGCUAUGACCAACUUGAGGGUAUUUUUCCCGGACAUUCGUGGGACGGGCUCAAUAUUUCCUGCUCUUCGAACCAUCCGUUACGAAUGGGCAGAUAUGUCUCACAGCUCCAUCGAGACAUACUGUCAUCUCCCACUACCUCGCCGCAGCGGCACGAACACUAUUCGAAUGACUCAAGCGACAUACAACGACAAUUUACUCGCGCCAAAGUCCUCUAUUCUCUGGCACACCAUGACGAAGCGCUGAGAGUCUUCGAAUACAUCAUCUCACGAUGUACCAAGGCAAGAAAAAGCGGCGAGGAGAAAUGGAUGGCAUUAGAGAUUGAUGCCCUCGAGGCGUCUGCAAAAUGUCACUAUGCUCUGAGCGCUCUAAGCCCGACAAGCUCUUGUAUCUCCACCGCAGAAACCCUCCUAAAGACUGCCAUCACAAGGAGUACGAUAUUCUGGCGUACAGAAUCGGCUACUACGAUAGCUCUUAAACAUACUUUGUGGCAGUGGUAUUCGGAACAAAGUCGGUGCAGGGAAGCGGAUAUGCUGCGAAAGGCCAUUGAUGAUGUCGUGAUCAAGAGCGAGCCCGGAACACCCAAUGCUCAGAUGAUGAGAUAG